UCGAUAGCAAGAAAGAAAACGGUGUCUUUGCCAUCACUGGCUUUGUAUUCUUCGCAAAUAGACCAAUGUUCUCCAAAAUCCCAAGAGGUGUGCAGGUACCUGCAGAAACGAAGAAAACCGGUCAUAAACCUGAACCCAAAGACACAGCAGCUGUAACAGCAAAUGCUGCCCAAAAGUCAGAUGGUGUCCUUAAAUGUCAAAAAGAAAACUUGCCAAGGAAAAAUGCUGCUCCUAAGGUUCACAAGGGAGUCUCCACCAGGUAUGGGCAACAGGUAGAGCUCAAGGAGCAAAAUCAACAUUUGCUGGCUACAAAUGAGGAGCUGCAGAAAAACCUCACAGACACACAGCAAAGAGUAGCUGAGUUGGAGCUACAAUUCAGCGACCUUGAAAAGGAGAAUGUGGGGUUACAGAAAAACCUGAAAGACUGUCAUGUACUCCUAGUCGCAGCCAAAAUAGACCCAGUUUUAGGAGAAAGGGUUGGAGAAGCUGCACAACAAAAUGAAGAUCAAAGAAAAGAAGUCAUGAGUGUCUCCACAGACCUGCUGCAUGAACUGAAAGCGUUUGGAGACAUUGCAUCACAGCAACGAGCCCGGUUAGAGGAAAUCCAGACAACAAUGACAGAACUCGCCAAAGCACGAGAACAUAUGAUACAAGAAAGGGAGGACUUUUCCCUGGAGGCUGCAGAAAUGGAAAAAGCCCUCCAAGAAGCAGAAGCUCUCUUGUUGUAAAAUUGUAUAAUAAUUUCCCAUAUUAAAAUUAUUUAAAAAUGUGGGGGAAAGACGUAUAUCGAUGCAUGAUGUGUGUUUUAAUAUUAACCGAAUAAAGGAUUUUUAUUUCCUCAUGA